CGGGAGCAGCAGUGGGCGCGGGUAGGAGCCGGGAAGAGCCCCGGAAAGGCGGCGGGGCUAAGCCGGAGCCCGGCAGGAGUCGGGGCGCGAGGGGGUGUGGCCAGAGCUCCCGCGCCGAGGCCCCGCCCGUCCUCCUCUCCAGGGAAGCGGACCACUAGCGGACCGGGGAGUCGAGACGGCCGUGCUGGAGAGCUUCCCUCCGGGCCCGGCCAGCACGGGAAUCGAGGACACAGCUCCGCGCCGCUUUUUCCCCGCACCGCCCAGGCGUCCCUUCCCGCCAUGUCCCAGAACAGGCAUCGCGCCGAGGCCCCGCCGCUGGAGCGCGAGGACAGCGGGACGUUCAGUUUGGGGAAGAUGAUAACAGCUAAGCCCGGGAAAACACCAAUUCAAGUAUUACACGAAUACGGCAUGAAGACCAAGAACAUUCCGGUGUAUGAAUGUGAAAGAUCCGAUGUGCAAGUACACGUGCCCACUUUCACCUUCAGAGUAACCGUUGGGGACAUAACUUGCACAGGUGAAGGUACAAGUAAGAAGCUGGCAAAACACAGAGCUGCAGAGGCUGCCAUAAACAUUUUGAAAGCCAAUGCAAGUAUUUGCUUUGCAGUUCCUGAUCCCUUAAUGCCAGACCCAUCCAAACAACCAAAGAACCAGCUUAAUCCUAUUGGUUCAUUACAGGAACUGGCUAUUCAUCAUGGUUGGAGACUUCCUGAAUAUACCCUUUCCCAGGAGGGAGGACCUGCUCAUAAGAGAGAAUAUACCACAAUUUGCAGAUUAGAGUCAUUUAUGGAAACUGGAAAAGGAGCAUCAAAAAAACAAGCCAAGAGAAAUGCUGCUGAGAAAUUUCUUGCUAAAUUUAGCAAUCUUUCUCCAGAGAACCACAUUUCUCUAACAAAUGUAGUGGGACAUUCUUUAGGAUGCACCUGGCAUUCCUUGAGGACUUCUCCCGGUGAAAAGAUCAACUUACUGAAAAGAAGUCUCCUUAGUAUUCCAAACACAGAUCACAUUCAGCUACUCAGUGAGAUUGCCAAGGAACAGGGUUUUAACAUAACAUACUUGGACAUAGAAGAACUGAGUGCCAACGGCCAGUACCAGUGUCUUGCAGAACUGUCCACCAGUCCCAUCACGGUCUGCCACGGCUCGGGAAUCUCCUGUGGCAAUGCGCAGAGUGACGCAGCUCACAAUGCUCUGCAGUACUUAAAGAUCAUAGCAGAGAGAAAGUAAACUUGGGGGCCUUAGAAAUCUUCCUUCUCACCGCCCCCCCCCCCCAGUAAAACCUUCUCUGUAUUGUUUGUGUUGUUUCCAGAUCUCUGCAGAUUCCAUCAACACUCUAGACUUAAUUGUCUCCUAGUAGUUGUUCUCAAGCUCUUUUAAUGGCUUUAACUUUGUAUUGGUAUAUCGUAUUUAUAAACUGAACCACGAGGCAGAAUGUAAUACCAUCUUUCAGGACCAGGCACAUAGGAGAAAGAAACUGCAUGUGUAACUAUGAUGAUGAAGAAAUAAAACUACAGUUAGCAACAGUCUUACUGGUGCUUAAACUCUUUUCUGUGCACGACUUUUGAAGGGAAUUAAAGGAAGCCCUUUAGAACUAGAGUGCUGAGGCUUGUGUUGAAUGUUGUUACAUUUCAGGGAACAUGAUUGUUCUGUUGUGUAUUUGAAACCAUGUAAUAAAGAGCUGUUGUUAUAAUGAA